AGUUUGACACGUGUGAUAGAAAGUGAAAAUAGAAGGAUUUGGAAUUUCAGAAUGCUCUUUGCAGUUGUCUUGUUAACAUUGGUUCCUUCAGCAUAUUUGACCACAGUCGAUCCCAAAGGUUAUGUUGUGUAUUGCCCAUGCAUGGGAAGAUUUGGAAACCAGGCAGACCACUUUCUUGGUUCCCUGGCCUUUGCGAAAGAUAUCGACAGAACACUCAUUCUUCCUCCCUGGGUCGAGUACAACUUCCCUAAGCCAAAAUCGGAUCAAAUACCCUUUGACACCUAUUUUCGAGUUGAAGCUGUGCAAAAGUUUCACAGAGCAAUCACCAUGGAAAAGUUUAUGAAAGAUUUAGCUCCCAAACUCUGGCCUAAAGGGAACAGGACAGUGUUUUGUUAUGGUAAGUCUUACACUGGGGAGCCAGGCUGUGAUGCGAAACACGGGAAUCCAUUUGGACCUUUCUGGGAUACAUUUAACAUCGAUUUUGAUGCAUCUGAAUUCUAUGAACCGCUCUCUUUUGAUACAAGCAACCAAUUUGAGGUGAAACGUUGGCAAGAAAGGUAUCCCCCAGAACGAUACCCAGUGCUAGCAUUUAAAGGGGCACCUGCUCAUUUUCCUGUUGAGCAGAGAAAUCUCCGACUACAGCAGUAUCUGGUAUGGUCAGAAAAGAUGAAUAAAAAAGCAGAGGAUAUCAUUUCCAACAAACUCGGCCACAACAAGUACAUUGGCAUCCACUUAAGACUGGGAUCAGACUUUUCCAAUGCUUGUAAACACGUAGAUUCUGGUGCUGCGCUGUUUGCCUCCCCACAAUGUGUUGGUUACCGAGGGGAACUAGGCAAACUGACCUCAGAAAUGUGUUACCCCUCAGAUGAAACUAUCAUCAAGCAAGUGAAGGCUGCAGUGAAGGGGAAAGCAAUCAAUGAUGUAUUCAUUGCUACUGAUAGCAGAGAUCUCAUCUCCAAACUUAAAAAGGCUAUGCCAAAGGUAAAAUUUGCCAGGCAAGAUGGAAAGAGUCCACACGUAGAUUUGGCAGUGCUAGGAAAAUCGGAUCAUUUUAUUGGCUGUUGUGUAUCAACAUUUUCUGCUUUUGUCAAACGAGAGAGAGAUUUUGCUGGGAAGUCCAGUGAAUUCUGGGCAUUUAGAAUGCCAAAACGGGACGAAUUAUGAUGCAACAUUUAGCUGUAUUAUGGUGUAUUUUUCCGUGCUUAUACUGCCAUAUUGUUAUUUUUAGGUGCCAUUCAUAAAAUUGGUGCAAGAACAAAACUCUUAUGAUAUACAGUUAUUCCAAAUAUUUCACAUUAUGAUGUGUGUAUCUUAGUAUCUCCAUUUUGAUUCCCAUGGUGGGAUGUUUGUGAUGUACAUGUACAUAUGAUCAAGUUACAAAUCUAGAUAUUUUUGGUUAUUUAUUACAUCGUUUGUAUUUUACAUAUCUACCAUUAUUCUAAAGGAUGUAAGUUCUUUGUGCCAUUGUUUAUGCAAGAUAUUAGAUAAUUUUUAUAAUUCUCAGACGGCAGGUAUUUAAUGAAAAGAUGUUAUUUGUAUUGUCAAAUUUGAAUAUAUGUUAAACGUUCAGACGCUCAGGAAGUGUUUCUAUAAUUACCUGAAUAUUAGUUAGAUAUUUGAUGUAAACAAUAUUUUAUUACAUGUAUGUAUGAGGGUUGAUCCAAGAGCUCAUGGACCUUUUUUUUUUUUAGAGAUCUUAUUGACGUGAUGAAGCAAUGACAUAAGAUAUACUUAGUCAUGAACUAGAGACUCUAUCUAAAAUGACUAGAAAAAUUUAUAACUUUAUGAUGUCAAGGAGUUUGAAAAUGUUACAAAAUUCAGGGGAGUUUAUCGGUAUGUUGAAAAUAUCAAGUCACAUUCGGCUGUUUCUUUGUAAAAUCUCUCUAGAACACUGCACCUCCUCCCUACCUUUGACUUAAUAGGAGUCUAUGCACUCAUCCCACACUUAUUUUCUUCAUAUUCAGAUAAAAUUUCAACUGCUUCCAAUGAGCUCCCAAUUUUCGCAUUAACGGUCCAACUCCUUUAACACCCUCACUCUUUCAGCAAGGAAAGGACGACCCUCCACCAGCCAGCCAGAUUUUUAUCAUCUUCCACUGAAGUUCUUUCCUCCUUAAAUCUAUUGUGCCACUUGAACACGAGUUGCUUAUCACAUUUUGUCCUGCCUCGAUCAUCAGUUUUUGCUUCUGAGGCAGAAUGUUUCAAAGAUUUUCACCAAACUUAAUAACUGAUCAAUUUUUGACGUUCUCUAAUGAUGUCAUGAAACACGAGUCACACAACAUGUUUGGAUAAUCAGUAAAAUGGAUGGAACUUGCACUCAACGUUUCUCGAUAGUUCCAACAAUUUAUCUUAUGACAUCAUUUUGGUGUCAUAUUACAUUUCACACCUUUUUCCUUAAGAAUAACAAAAUAUUAAGAAAAGAAAAUUUCCCUGCCUUUCACAGCAUCUAUUUCUAUGACAAUUGUCAAAGUGGUACUGUCCAGAGUUCAUCAAAAAUAUUUUGUACAUAAAUUCAAAUUAGGUUAAGGAUUAUCAGGUGUAAUUUUGAAUUAUUUCUUUUGAAAAAAAAGAAAGAAUAUAAAAGCUAUGGAGGAAUUCCACGUACUUUUUGAUCAACCCUCGUACAACAUAACAGGAUGAGGCGGCAGGCAGAGCCUGUGUAAGCCCCCUCCUGGUAGUUUAAUGUGGUUUUUUUAUAGAACCUUAAGUAUGCAGUAAGACCGGUAUAUACAGAACAUUCCAUCGUGUUAUUCCCAGUGUAGAUACAGAUACUCUGUUAAAGGUGUUUCUUGUUAUUCAUAGUGUAUAGAUACUUACUGUUGAAGAUGUUUUAUAAAUGUUGGUGCUGGUGAAUGUAUAUAGAUAUCUGAAUAUAAACUUUAUGAAACUACAGCAUAUUCCUAGUCAAAACUACCUCCUACUGUGGAAUUGGUGGAGCUCAUUUAUUUUGUGGGUAUCCGUGAAUUUCUAACUUACAACAAAAUACACAAUUUAUUUAAAGUUUCAAAGUGCAGAAACCAUAUUCACAAAGUUGCAUCCCAAUGAAAGUGUAAAAUUUUGACAGUCCACGAAAAUUGCCCCCAUGAAUUAAAUAACUCCGAAGUAUGUUUAAAAUCUCCGUAAUUUAAGCAAGAAUCUUUAAAAAAUGACUGUACAGUGGCCAUCACAUUUGUUUUACCCCAUACUGUACUUAAAAGUUUAUAAAAAUAUUAUGCAAAUUUAUCGCCUCAAGUGGUUUAUAUGCUUAAGGGAUGUUGUGCUGGAGUUGAGGUUGUAUUCCAGAACGUAGUAUCUUUGAAUUCUUACAAUUUGUUACAUCUAGACUAAAUGUUAGCCAUGUAUAUUUACAGUAAAACACAGUUACAGCUAAGUCCUUUAUAAUGAAUUUACGCUUACUUCAAAGUGAUUUCAUUCCCUGUAGUUUUAAAACAUAAUUAUUAUGAACUCAUUGGAUAUAUAUAUAUCAAAAUUGUUCGUCCCUAGCACUUCACUUUAAGCAUGUUUUACUGUAUAUCACGUAGCGAGUUCCAUGUCGGAAUGACGUCAAAGAAUUUAAAAUCCUUGGAUAAACAAAGCAGAAAUGUUUACAGUUGUAAAAAUUCAUCAGUGACUGGUUGCAUCGUCUUUGUUACUCACAUUAAAUAUGGCUUUCCUUAUAAUCAUGGCUACACUAUAUUGAAGUAUUUACUUGUACUAAAGGACACUUGAUACUGCUGUAGCUGUCAUUCGAGUUCGAUUGCCGGUGGCCAGAUGGCUCAGUUGGUAGAGCACCUGACUGGAGAUUCAAGGGUCCGGGUUCAAAUCCCAGUCUGAUCCGUUGCAUUUUCUCCUUUUCAGUUACAGUACAAACAAAAAAUGGAUCCAAGGGGCGAUAUAUAUUUUUUAGCUUAGUUUGGUUGUAAUAAGUACAAAUAUAGAAUUCCUAAAAAAUUAAUUAUAGUACUUGUAAAUUUUCUAUGAUGAUCAAAAUUUGAGAUAUAUUAACCCUUGCUAUAUAACUCAAUAUAAAGUUUGCCCACUGUUUAGUGUUUAAAAUUGAGAAUUCUUUGGAUUGAAUUGCAUUCCAUGCAGUAAAUUGUAGUCUUUUUACUUAUAAACACAUAAUAUUAGUUUUCAUUAUUUUCAAAAAGUAUAUUUUUAGCUAAUUAAUUACUCUUUUAUACUACACUUUUCCUGUACUAGAUAUUAUCUACUAUUUGAUGUGUACACUUUCCUGUACUAGAUAUUAUCUACUAUUUGAUGUGUACACUUUUCUUGUACUAGAUAUUAUCUACUAUUUGAUGUGUACACUUUCCUGUACUAGAUAUUAUCUACUCUUUGAUGUGUACACUUUUCCUGUACUAGAUAUUAUUUACUCUUUGAUGUGUACACUUUUCCUGUACUAGAUAUUAUCUACUCUUUGAUGUGUACACUUUUCCUGUACUAGAUAUUAUCUACUCUUUGAUGUGUACACUUUUCCUGUACUAGAUAUUAUUUACUAUUUGAUGUGUACACUUUUCUUGUACUAGAUAUUAUCUACUAUUUGAUGUGUACACUUUUUCUGUACGAGAUAUUAUCUACUAUUUGAUGUGUACACUUUUCCUGUACUAGAUAUUAUUUACUAUUUGAUGUGUACACUUUUCUUGUACUAGAUCUAGAUAUUAUCUACUAUUUGAUGUGAACACUUUUCCUGUACCAGAUAUUAUCUACUCUUUGAUGUGUACACUUUUCCUGUACUAGAGAUUAUCUACUAUUUGAUGUGUACACUUUCCUGUACUAGAUAUUAUCUACUAUUUGAUGUGUACACUUUUCCUGUACUAGAUAUUAUUUACUCUUUGAUGUGUACACUUUUCCUGUACUAGAUAUUAUUUACUCUUUGAUGUGUACACUUUUCCUGUACUAGAUAUUAUCUACUCUUUGAUGUGUACACUUUUCCUGUACUAGAGAUUAUCUACUCUUUGAUGUGUACACUUUCCUGUACUAGAUAUUAUCUACUAUUUGAUGUGUACACUUUCCUGUACUAGAUAUUAUUUACUGUUUGAUGUGUACACUUUUCUUGUACUAGAUAUUAUCUACUAUUUGAUGUGUACACUUUCCUGUACUAGAUAUUAUUUACUCUUUGAUGUGUACACUUUUUCUGUACUAGAUAUUAUCUACUCUUUGAUGUGUACACUUUUCCUGUACUAGAUAUUAUCUACUCUUUGAUGUGUACACUUUUCCUGUACUAGAUAUUAUCUACUCUUUGAUGUGUACACUUUUCCUGUACUAGAUAUUAUCUACUCUUUGAUGUGUACACUUUUCCUGUACUAGAGAUUAUCUACUCUUUGAUGUGUACACUUUUCUUGUACUAGAUAUUAUCUACUAUUUGAUGUGUACACUUUUCUUGUACUAGAUAUUAUCUACUGUUUGAUGUGUACACUUUUCUUGUACUAGAUAUUAUCUACUAUUUGAUGUGUACACUUUUCCUGUACUAGAUAUUAUUUACUCUUUGAUGUGUACACUUUUCCUGUACUAGAUAUUAUCUACUAUUUGAUGUGUACACUUUUCCUGUACUAGAGAUUAUCUACUAUUUGAUGUGUACACUUUUCCUGUACUAGAUAUUAUUUACUCUUUGAUGUGUACACUUUUCCUGUACUAGAUAUUAUUUACUCUUUGAUGUGUACACUUUUCCUGUACUAGAUAUUAUCUACUAUUUGAUGUGUACUUUUCCUGUGCUAGAUAUUAUUUACUCUUUGAUGCUUCCACUUUUCCCAAGAUAUAUUAUGACUCAGAUAA